AUGGUAUCCGAAACCGAAGCCUUGGAGAUAUACCGUGACGCGGUGCAUUUCGAUGGGUUGAACAUCGCCAACUGGUCCCGCGAGAUCUUCGAAUCCUGGCACCAGGGUGGCAUCACCGGCGUCUCAUGCACAUGCGGUAUUUGGGAGGGAUUUCGAGGUGCAAUCGCCAACGUGGUACAAUGGAAAAAAUGGUUCGAAGAGCACUCCGACCUCAUUGUGCAAGCGCAUUCCGUCCGCGACAUUCGCCAAGCCAAGCGCGACGGAAAGACCGCGGUGUUAUUAUCGUGGCAAAACACAGCUGGCAUUGAAGAUCAACUGGAUUACCUGCGCGUGUUCCGCGAUUUAGGCGUGCGCAAAAUGCAACUCACCUACAACACCCAGAACUACUCCGGGGCAGGAUACACCGAGAUCCGAGACUCAGGUCUGACUGGCUUUGGUCGUCAAGUUGUCGAUGAGAUGGGGAAAUUGGGAAUCGUCGUUGAUUUAUCGCAUGUCGGUCCAGUCACAAGCGAGGAUGUCAUCAACUAUGCGACUAAGCCCCCUUGCUUCAGCCAUGUGUUGCCCGGGGGCUUGCUGGACCACCCACGCAACAAGUCAAAUCACCUUCUGCAGCUCAUUGGGAGCAAAGGUGGAUUUGUUGGGAUUAGCCAAUUUGGGCCGCAUAUGGCCAAGGGAAACGACUCGACGAUCGACGAUUAUGUUGCUGCGAUGGACUUUGUGAUUGGUCUCAUUGGCGAGGACUUGGUGGGAGUUGGGUCAGAUGCCAGUGAAGGCCAUGCCAGACCAAGCGACUUCAUGGCCUGGUGCAAUCUGGACAAGGGCUACUCGCGUCAACUCACCCCGUGGGGUAGUCAGAAGGUGGUCAAACCACUGGGUCCCUUAAAGGAGCGUUCGGAAUUGGCUUUGGCGAUGGCUCGGGCAGGCUGGUCGGAGUCAAAGAUGAGGAAGGUGUUGGGAGAGAACUGGUUGAACUAUUUGGAACGUAUAUUUGGUGAAUGA